AGCAAUCAACGUCGCUGAUCCGUCAGAGAAUCUGUAUCUGGGAUUGAAAAUUAAUUUUUGUGGACAUCAACAUUUUGUCGGUCACAAUUUUCUUGCCAUUCCGUCUCGAUUGCUGUUGUUCCAUGUCAGAAGUUACCGGCAAUGCUUGGCCGUCGCCAUCCAAUACUACGCUCGGAAAUGCUGAAAGUAAAGAACCUCAGCAAAUUCAACCUCCAAUAAAGGGGGAGAAUAGCUUGUGGGAUAGCAUUACCAGCAAUCCAUACUUUUCAGCCGGCUUUGGUUUGAUCGGUGUUGGUGCCGGACUGACUGUAUUGCGACAAGGGCUCAACUUGGGAACAUCCCUUCUUAGACGACGAUUACUAGUCACGUUAGAAAUACCCUCUAAGGAUAAAUCUUAUCUUUGGUUCUUACAGUGGAUGUCACAGCAGUCUGCUCGAAGGACACAACACCUUGCCGUCGAGACGUCCUACAAGCAGCACGAUAACGGCAGUGUCUCUACUACAUUUGGACUUGUGCCGGGCCCUGGCAAUCACUUUUUUAAAUGGAGAGGUGUGUGGUUGCAGGUACAGCGACAACGCGAUGGAAAGAUGAUGGACUUGACGACAGGGAGUCCAUGGGAAACAAUCACGUUGACAACCUUGUCAAGAGAUAGAGAUGUCUUUACAGCGCUAUUGAAGGAAGCGCAACAGAUGGCAAUCGCAAAGCAAGAAGGCAAAACCGUCAUAUAUACUUCAUAUGGCCCGGAAUGGCGACCAUUCGGCAUGCCACGAAAGCGAAGGAUGUUGGAUAGUGUCAUACUGGACCAUGGAAUUAAAGAAAGAAUCGUUGAUGAUGUGCAGGCAUUCAUUGGUAGUGGCAAGUGGUAUAAUGACAGAGGAAUACCUUAUCGACGAGGCUACCUAUUGUAUGGACCUCCAGGAUCUGGAAAGAGCAGUUUUAUCCAAUCUCUUGCUGGUGAAUUGGAGUAUAAUAUUUGUAUCCUUAAUUUGUCGGAACGUGGACUGACGGAUGAUCGACUUAAUCAUCUGCUCAGUAAUGUGCCAGAGCGCAGCAUCAUGCUUCUGGAGGAUAUUGAUGCUGCUUUUGCGAAAAGAAAUCAAUCGGACCAUCAAGGCUACCAGUCGAUGCUAACGUUCAGUGGACUUUUAAAUGCUCUGGAUGGCGUAGCAUCUGCAGAAGAGCGAAUCGUCUUUAUGACCACCAAUCACAUCGAACAGUUGGACCCUGCGUUGGUCCGCCCUGGUCGAAUCGACAUGAAAGAAUUCCUUGGAAAUGCCACCGAGUCACAAAUCCGGGGUAUGUUCCUUCGGUUUUAUGAAAACGAACCAGACUUGGCGGACCGAUUUGUGCGCAGCUUGAAGAACAAGUCCGUAAGCACCGCAAGCCUACAAGGUCAUUUUGUAUAUUUCAAGGAUAAACCUCAGCAAGCUUUAGAAAACGUUAGCUUACUUUUACAAUAAAACCAAAAGGAAAACAGCUUGAAAUGAGACCA